AUGUCGAUGGAAAAUGAAUACACUCAUCACUGUCCCUCUGAGCCUGUAGUGGAGGAGAUUUAUCACUCUCCCACAGCUUGUGUUGCUAAUGAGCAUGAUCAUCAGAAAGCAAAUGAUUCAAUAUCUUCUCGAGGGGAUGACGACGAUGAUCUUUAUGAAGAUGUAGACAGUCGUGCAAAUAAAGUCAAUGAAGUUGCUUCUCUAGCAACCAAGACUAGAGAUGAAGGAAAUUCUCUCAAAAUUAUGCUCACUUCCUCAAAGCCCUUGGAAAUCACAACAAGUCAAGGAGAUGUGACAUUAGAGAUUCCUCCCUCUGUGUCACCUAUCUCAACAUCAACUCCAGUCAUUUCUAUGUUAUUUGAACCUUAG